UGUGUUCUUAUCGUUAAAAAAGUGUCAGGAUACUGCAGAAAAAAUUCGGCAAUGUUCUUUUGUGCACAAGCUGAUCAAUGUCAGUCUGCUAAUUCCGAACAAAAGCAUUCUUUGUUUCGCCAAAAACGGAAAUUGUUAGCUGGCACAGUGCGACGAAGUGCUAAUUCGAAACGGGAUGGCCUUCUUCCUAUUCAGAUGGAGUCGGUCUCGCGUAUUGCCAGUAUUCCUAUAGUUGAAUGUAGCAUGGGUUUAGCAGAAAACUACUACGACAAAAUUAAACGCAGUAAUUCGCUAAUGCGAUGGACUUUGACUCGUGCUGAAGAACGCAUAGCUUCCUUAUCCCGUUAUGCGUUGCCUGGUGUAGUCAUGCUGCAGGGUUCAAUCGACCGCGUUGAUAAAUUUUUAUGUCGCAGCCUGGACAUCGUCGAACAACGUGUUCCUUCUGUUUAUUUACCUCCACAACUGAUGUAUUGGAACACCAAAGAAUACAUGUCUGAUCAUCUUGUGAAGCCUGUUCUAAGACGUGCGGAUUCUGUUAAACAUUUAGGAAACGCUGUUCUAGAUAGUCGUGUUAGCAAUUUUGCUGCUGACAGAUUAGAAGGCGCUCUGGAUGUCGCUGAUAAAUAUGUCGACAAAUACUUACCGGAUUCUACGGAAGCACCUGAAACCGAGUCUAAUGUUCACUUAUCAGAUGGUGGCAGCAAAGCCGUACAAACUAUGCAUCGAGUGGACAGAUUCUCAAGAAAGUUGCAAAGACGUCUGACGAGACGCACUAUGGCAGAGGCUAAGGCUAUCAAGGAACAGAUACAUGUUAUCAUCUAUAUUGCGGAAUUGAUUGCUACCGAUCCCCGAUUGGCUAUGCGCAAAGCACGUGAAUUAUGGCACAGUCUUAGCCUGGACGAGCCCGAAAAUCAGGCCCGCCCAGAUACUCUUGAGCAAUUGCUGGUCAUGCUAGCCCGCGAGUCGGCCCGUCGCUUAGUACAUCUUGUUAAUUAUGCUGGUGAAGGCGUAUCAAACUUACCCAGGUCAACUGCUGCUCACAUACAAGUAGGUCUGCACCGGUGUAUGGCUUUUGGCGAUGCUAUAUUAAAGCGUAUUCAUUUGGAGGGUGCGAAACAACAAAUUCUGAGGGAGUCCAGAAGGACUGCCGCUCAAAUUCAAGCGCUUCUUGAUGAGUUGCAGCAUUAUACUAAGAAUAUUUUGGAAAGAUUGGCCAUGUUCCUUGCCGGACGUGAACAAGAAAUUAAAAAAGCAGCUAAACGAACGCGUCAUAUUAAUAAUCACACUGAAAAUAAUAUGAACGGAGUGCAACAGUCCUAUGUUUUAACUAUCUAGCUUUUACUAUUACUUUAAACUUUGUCGUUAAGUUUGAAAUAUUUAAAUUUUUUGGAUUGUUAAUAUUAGAAUUAGG